AUGGCGACGGUGCUCCCUCCUCCGUCCAAGCGACAAAAGACCGCAGCAGCGGCGCGCGCCCGCGAACAGGUCUCCCCACCACCAGCGACGCCCGAGGGCACCCAGCGCAUUCAAUUUCGAGAUGCAGAUACUGGCGCAGCGCAAGGGCCAGUAGUCUCCGUCUCACUCGCAGAUCUAUCGCCGAAGAACCUCUCCCUACUACUCAACAGCCUGCUUGGCAACACCGACCCAGCAGACCGGUUACCGUAUCGAUUCUACAACCCGUUCGGCGACGGCGGCGAGUUCGACCAGGCGGAGAUUAUCAAGAGAUAUCAGGAUGGCACAAGCAAUACUGAGUUGCAAUUGGAUAUUCCAUGUCGAGCUGAGGCGGUGUUCAAAGUAAAGCCAGUGACGAGGUGUUCAGCAAGUAUCAGCGGGCAUGGCGCAUCCAUUCUUGCGACUGCGUUCUCGCCGGCAACUUCGUCGAAGCUAGCGACUGGGAGUGGAGACAAUACUGCACGAAUUUUCGAUUGUGAGACGGGGACGCCCCAACAUACGUUGAAAGGUCAUACAGGAUGGGUGCUGGCAGUCGCGUGGUCUCCAGACGAGGGCAUUCUUGCUACAGGCAGCAUGGACAACACAGUACGGUUAUGGGAUCCAGCGAAGGGAAAGCAGCUUGGAGGACCGUUGAAAGGACAUACAAAGUGGAUCACCAGCAUAUCGUGGGAGCCCUAUCAUGCGAGAGAUGCCGGCCGUCCGCGCCUCGCUUCGGCAUCAAAAGACUUCACGAUCCGUAUUUGGGAUGCGGUGAGCGGGCAUACCGACAUGGCACUCACGGGUCAUAAAGAAUGCGUGACAUGUGUGAAGUGGGGAGGAUCUGGCUGGAUCUACUCUUCAUCUCGAGAUCGAACUGUCAAGGUGUGGGAUGUGUCGAGAGGUACCCUCGUGCAUACCUUGAACGCUCACGCACAUUGGGUGAAUCACCUGGCACUCUCCACCGAGUUCGCAUUACGGACUGGCUACUUCGAUCAUAAGGGGCGCAAAGAAGCUCCUGAUACCGUCGAGGGCAGGAAACAGAGGGCCAAGGAGCGCUACGACGCAGCCUUGAAGACUUCUGGUGGCACCGAGCGUCUCGUGUCUGCCAGCGACGAUUGCACAAUGUAUCUGUGGGAGCCGUCGAAAUCAACCAAGCAUAUUCAGCGCAUGGUCGGCCAUCAAAAGCAGAUCAACCAUGUCACAUUCUCAGCCGACGGCGUGCUGAUUGCAUCUGCUGGGUUCGACAAUCACGUCAAGCUCUGGCAAGCGAAAGAUGGCAAGUUCUUGCACACGCUACGAGGGCAUGUCGGUCCAGUGUAUCAGUGUUCCUUCUCGCCGGACAGUCGGCUCCUCGUGAGUGGAUCGAAGGACACAACACUCAAAGCGUGGGAUGUCAGGACAGGAAAGCUUGCAGAGAACUUGCCAGGUCAUCAAGACGAAGUCUUCGCAGUGGACUGGGCACCGGACGGAGAACGUGUGGGAAGUGGAGGACAAGACAAGGCCGUUCGAAUUUGGAGGCACUAG